AUGGGAACGGUUCAUGCAAAGGAAGGACCUGCAGGACUGGCUGGAGAGAAUCUAACAGAAUCAUUUGGAUCUUAUGCAAAAGACGCUUCUCACGAACUUCCAGAGAAAAAAGUGACAGAAAUUGAUCUUGAAGGUGUCAAGGCAAGAGUGGACACAAUUCACAUAGAUGGAUUAGAACGUACAAAGGACGACAUAGUAGAGGACUGUAUUAGAGAACUAUUCAAGGCAAAGGAUUUUCAAGAUGUUCUAUUGAAAGCACACAAGGCCAGAGUGAAAUUGGAUGAACUUGGAUGUUUCAAGAAUAUAUCUGUAUUCAUAGACACAAGUAAAGGGUCCAAAGCUACUUCUGAUGGCCUAGAGGUAACAUUCAAUGUGAAAGAACACAGAAGGAUAACAGGUGGUGUUAGCACUCAUGUGGGUAACAAUGAAGGUGCCUUACUCGUUGGUAUGCGUGCCCCAAAUAUGUUUGGAAGAGGUGAAAGGGUCCAAGUUGAAUAUAGUCAUGGAUCAAAGAAAAGUAGCAACUUCAACAUAGCAUUUAUCAAGCCUUUCAGAGGAAAACAUCGUCCAAUUCUCACAGCAAGUGUUUUCCAGUCUCAUAGUGAAUGGGCAACAUCUGGUUACAAACAGUUGGAAAGAGGGCUGCUUUUUGACUUGGGAUUUCACUCUACUUCUUUGUUGAAGCACAACCUCCAAUGGGAGGGGAACAUCAGGGACUUCAGCGUCCUGGGCAGGACCACCUCCUUCGAGGUGAGGAAGGAGUCCGGCCUCAGUUUGAAGUCGUCUCUGAAGCACAUUUUGUCGGUGGAUCUUCGAGACGAGUUGAUAUUCCCUUCCAGCGGGUCCUUUUUCCAGCUGACCUCGGAGGUAGCGGGACUAGGCGGGGACGUCGGUUUCCUGAAGAAUGAUCUCUUCGUCCAAGGGAAUUAUUCUUUGAAGGAAGACAUUGUCCUGCAAGGCUGCCUCUCCGCCGGCUUCCUCACCCGCCUCUCCAACGACCUGCGCGUCUCCAUGGCCGACGCCUACUUCCUGGGCGGGCCGCUUACCCUGCGCGGCUUCCGGCAGCGCGGCGUCGGCCCGCAUUCGGACGGCGACGCCCUCGGCGCCCGAGGGUAUUGGGCGGCGGGGGCGCACCUGUUCACGCCGCUGCCCUUCCGGCCGGGCAGGGGCGGCUUCGGGGAUCUGUUCAGGACGCACGGGUUCGUCAACGUCGGGAAUGUCGGCGACUUCCGGAUAGCUAAGGAUGGUAACCUUCUCGACACCCUCAAACAUAAUCUGAGGGUCUCAUACGGAUUGGGAGUUGCCCUGCGAUUGGGCAAUAUGGCGAGACUAGAAGUGAAUUAUUGUUUCCCAUAUAUUUUCGAUAAAGGAGAUCAAACCCAGCCAGGUAUACAGUUUGGAAUCGGUGUUCAGUUUUUGUAA